GGACAGUGUUCCAAAGCAGCUACAGAAACUGUUCGUCAUCCGCCGGAAUGCGUCCUGCGCGCGCGUUCAGCCCACCGUGGCUCCUUCAACUUAUAUCGCUAACCUUUAUUACGGUCGCUACCGCUAAAUACCAGGGUACAUUGAUAUGUCAGCAACGUAAUACACAGAUUUGUAAGACUUGGUUCGUACAAUCAGAUGAAUUUCAAAACUUUAACGAGGUGGAGACUCCUACUUCCAUCCGAAUUCGAGAAAAUUGUGGUUUCACUUGGAUGCAAGCUUUAACACCUCAGCAAAAAUUUUAUAAGGUAUUGAGCCUUAGUAAAAUAAAAUCAUGGAAAAGGCUACACUGUAAAAGAAUAAUUAUGAUCGGUAUGUUCUUGGACUGGAAAGAAAUAAGCUAUGCCCUGGGUGAUACCGUAAGAGUUCGUCGACAAACUUUUGUUCCCAAAGGAAGAUAUCGUGGACAAACACAAUCACAAUAUUUAGCUAUUAAUGGAGGAAGUGGCAAAGACGAGGGGAAAGCUGAAGCGCAUUCUGCUGCAGACUCAUCUAGAGCAAGUGUCAGUGGAAAUAGCGGUAUGGGACAAGCUCAAAGUCAAUCAAUUUACGAUCCUAAUUGCGAAGAUUGCCUUUCUGCAAGAGAUGGUAAAGAUGAAGCAGAAAACCUUAAACAUCCAGGCAUUACCAGACCUGAAAGCAAUAGGUUCGGAAUAAGUAAUGAAUGGCCCGGUGUCAAUCAAGGAAAUUAUAUUCCAGGCCAAAAUGGUUACAAUCCUAUAACCUCACAAGGUGUUACACCCGGUAGAGGUGUUUCUCACAUGUCUGUUCCCCAAGGGCCAAGUUAUUAUGGACCUAGCUCAAGAACUGAUGGUUAUGGUCCAAUAGGAUCAAGUGAAAAAGGAGGUUAUAGUCCAAAUGGAAAUUAUGGAUCCCCCGGAGGAUACAAUAAAAAUCAAUACCAAGGAACACGACCUGGGUAUAAUUACAAUAAACCUGGAAAUGAAGUUGGGAGUAAUUACAUCCCAGAUGGAAAUAAUGGUUAUGUGGACCCAAACGCAAAUACAGUUAACAAUAUCUAUAAGCCUCCUAGGGAUUCUAAGGUGCUAGGGACAAUACCAGGGCAGAGAAUAACACCGGGACAAGGAAUGGGACCUGGACAGGGAAUGAUACCUGGACAGGGAAUAGCACCUGGACAGGGAAUAGGACCUGGUCAAUUAUUGGGACCAGGGCAGGGAAUAGCACCAGGACAGGGAAUUGGGCCUGGACAAGGUAUGGGACUAGGACAGGGAAUUGGGUCUGGACAGGGUAUGGGACCAGGACAGGAAAUUGGAUCAGGGCAAGGAAUGGGCCCUGGACAAGGUAUGGGACCUGGACAGGGAAUUGGAUCAGGGCAAGGAAUAGGACCUGGACAAAGUAUGGGGCCAGGACAGGGAAUGGGACCUGGACAAAGUAUGGGACCAGGACAGGGAAUGAGACCUGGACAAGGUAUGGGACCUGGUCAAGGAAUGGGAACUGGACAAGGAAUGGGGCCUGGACAGGGAAUAGGACCAGGGCAAGGAAUAGGACCUGGACAAAGUAUGGGGCCAGGACAGGGAAUGGGACCUGGACAAAGUAUGGGACCAGGACAGGGAAUGAGACCUGGACAAGGUAUGGGACCUGGUCAAGGAAUGGGAACUGGACAAGGAAUGGGGCCUGGACAGGGAAUAGGACCAGGGCAAGGAAUAGGACCUGGACAAAGUAUGGGGCCAGGACAGGGAAUGGGACCUGGACAAAGUAUGGGACCAGGACAGGGAAUGAGACCUGGACAAGGUGUGGGACCUGGACAGGGAAUCGGAUCAGGACAAGGAAUGGGACCAGGACAGGGAAUGAGACCUGGACAAGGUAUGGGACCUAGUCAAGGUAUGGGACCUGGACAUGGAAUGGGGCCUGGACAAGGAAUAGGACCAGGGCAAGGUAUGGGGCCUGGACAAGGAAUAGGACCAGGGCAAGGUAUGGGGCCUGGACAAGGAAUAGGACCAGGGCAAGGUAUGGGGCCUGGUCAAGGUGUGGGACCUGGACAGAGAAUUGGACCUGGUCAAAGUGUGGGACCUGGACAGGGAAUGGGACCUGGACAAGGUAUGGGACCUGGUCAAGGUGUGGGACCUGGACAAGGAAUGGGGCCUGGACAGGGAAUAGGACCAGGGCAAGGUAUGAGGCCUGGUCAAGGUGUGGGACCUGGACAGGGAAUGGGACAUGGACAAGGUAUGAGGCCUGGUCAAGGUGUGGGACCUGGACAGGGAAUGGGACAUGGACAAGGUAUGGAACCUGGUCAAGGUAUGGGACCUGGUCAAGGUCUGGGACCUGGUCAAGGUGUGGGACCUGGACAAGGUGUGGGACCUGGACAGGGAAUCGGUUCUGAGCAAGGAAUGGGACCUGGACAAAGUAUGGGACCAGGACAGGGAAUGGGACCUAGACAAGGUAUGGGACCUGGCAAGGGAUUCGGAUCAGGGCAAGGAAUAGGACCUGGACAAAGUAUGGGGCCAGGACAAGGAAUGGGACCUGGACAAGGUGUGGGACCUGGACAGGGAAUCGGAUCAGGGCAAAGAAUAGGACCUGGACAAGGAAUGGGGCGUGGACAGGGAUUAGGACCAGGGCAAGUAAUUGAACCUGGACAGGGAUUGGGACCUGGACAAGGAAUAGGACCUAGUCAGGGUAUGAGCCCUGGACAGUUAAUGGGGCCUGGUCAGGGUAUAGGACCUGGACAAGGAAUAACACCUGGACAGGGCAUGGGAUCUGGACAAGGCAUGGGCCCUGGACAGAGCAUGGGACCUGAUCAGGGAAUUGGACCUAGACAGGACACAAGUAAAAGUCCAGGACAAGGGCGUUCUGGAUUUGGUGGAUACGAGCCCCAACAAUUUGGACCUUAUGAUAGUAACUUAGGAACUAACUAUAUUCCUCAGCAAAAUAACCCAGCAAAUUGGCCUAUGGCAUCUGGUCCGUACGCAGGCCCAGGAGGAAAUAAUUAUUACUGUUGUUUUGUACCCAACACAGGAGCCACUGGUAAUUUACAUCCUAAUAAUUACGGAGACAUGCCUUAUGGGCAAAUAGGAGGUGUUAUCAAUGGACAAUAUGGGACAGGUACUGGACUGAAUCAACCAAAUAAACCUGGUCAAUAUCAGCCAGGAGUAGAUUCCACACAAAUGUCUUCACCAAAUAGUCAUAUAGGCGGAAUUUCAAAUAUACCCUUGUCUAACACACAGUACGGUACGGAAGUAGAUAAAAGCACAUCACCUGGAGGGCAAUCGGGAGCUACUUUCAAUGGUGUCAUACAACCAAACCACUAUGGGAGUGGUUCAAGAAGUUUAAUGCCUGAUGGACGUUUAGAUAUUAAUAAGCUCACUGACCCAAAUGGAAGUGGUCAAUACGGCUCCGGUACAAACACAUUCAACUCACCACAAGAAAAUGUAGGGAUAGGUUCUGGGGUCCCUAGUUUAUAUGAUAGAAAUAUAGGAAAUCUACCAAAUCAACAAUAUGGAACAAUAAACCCUAACCAACCCUCGUCGCCUGGGGGACAAUAUCGUAAUACAAUGGAUGGAGGUAUUCCAUCUCUUCAAUACGGAAGUUCAAAUGUUCCAGACAGACAGUAUAAUUCAGGCAUGGGAGUAAGACCUGGUCAAUAUAAUGGGGCAAACAAUCCCCCUUUACAAUAUGGAACUGGAAAUCCUACUUCGCAAAACGUGCCUGGCGGCCAAAUUGGUACUGGAUCUUAUAGUGUCCCACACCAAACUGAUACUCAAUAUGGGCCUAAUAACAACGGAGGUAUUUCUUUGCCUGGACAAAUAUAUGGUAAUACCCCAGGUAGCAAUUUAUAUGGUACAGACAAUGCACUCCAACAAAAACCGCACACUUCCGGCAGACCGAAUGGACCUGAUAUAACUAAUACUGGAAAUGUACCUGGAAGCCAGUUCGGAGAAGGUAAUUUAGGUGGUCCUGACAGCCCUUAUGGAUUAGGCAAAGCAACGGUAAAUCAAGUUCCAACAGAAUAUUCAGGAGGAUCUCACGUCCAAGGACAACCAUAUGGGUCUAAUGUCGGAACCGGACCAAACUACGGCAUGGUUAAUACACCUUAUAAUAGUAAUGCACCAAGUGAAACCUAUCACGGUAAUAAUGUAGAACAAGGCAAAUCCUAUAACAAUAAUAACGGAAUUCCAGAUGAUGCACGUGGACCUCCAAAUGGACCGUACAAUCAAGAAGGAAGGGGCGUACAAAAUCCUGUGUACAGUGGAGUACCACAAAACUAUAUAAAUCCCGAUACCAUUGAUGGAGACGACUCAGAAGCAGAAGCUAGCGUUGAUCAAGGCGUAAAUGGUACUGUUGCAAGUGCUUCAUCUAAAGGAGGUAACGACAAAAGUCGAGCCCAAACAAACGUGCAUGGUACUUACACUGGUACCGGAUCCUUCCAAGCACAAGCACAAAUUACUGGUGAAAAUAAAGAAGCCCAAAGUGAAGUAAGUGGAGGAAAAAAAGGGGCUUCAAGUUCGGCAACAGGCAGUGGACGAAAUAAUAAAUCACAGGCGAGUGUUCAACUUGGUUCUGAAACCGGCUCAGUUCAAACACAAUCGCAGAGUAAUGGUGUGAUGCAUUCUUCGAAUUCUCAAGUACAAGGAAGUGUAAAAGGUGGUAUGGCAGAUGCUCAAGCUAGAGGUCCAGGAAGCACAUCGUCUCAAGCACAAAUUGGUUUUACACCCUACAAAGAUAAAGAUAAGUUGAAUCAUGACCUUCAAAAGACACCUUUUGCAGGCGGAGGAGUUGCAUCUGCACAGUCUAGUGGCCGCACCGGCCAAUCACAAUCGCAACUUCACGGCACUUUUAAGUACGGCAUAACAUAUAAUGGAGCCGCGCAAUCAGGUGCCAGUCUUGAUAAAGAUGCUAUGUUCCCAAAUAGAUUAUCUUUUGAUAAAAUAAACGUCUUUGAUGAAAAUGAAAAAAACAUUAAUGUUGAUAUUACUGAAUUACCGCAAUCUCUGAAUACUGAAACAUCACCUAUUAUAGAACCUUCAUCCACACCUGAUGUUUAUUUUUCUACAAAUGAAGAGGAGUUAACCACAACAGAAAAUGUUUUAGACGAAACAAAUAAUUCCGAUAUUAGCUAUGCUACCCAUACACAUUCCGAUCAUCACAAAACGGAUUUUUCUGAACAAAUAACUCCAAGUGGACCAACAUUAUCUGGUAGCAAGAAAUCUUUUUCAACCAGUUUUAAUUCAGGUACAGACUAUGAAUUAACAACUGACAAAGAAGAAUUGCCCCCUGAAAACUAUGACACUGAAGGCAGCUUUGAAGGGAAUGUAGAACCUGACGUAGAUCAAAGCGAAUAUUCUAACUAUGAUGAAUAUACCAGAGAAUCUCCAACUCACCAAUCUCUUCUAAGUUCUAAUAGGAAACCAAUAGAAGUAAAGCAAUCAUCUGGGGGAAAUACCCAACACAUUGUCCUAGGGUCCCUAAAAAAUCAUGAUGCCGAAAUCAUUCAAAAGAAUUCCGAACGUCCAGAUGAAAAUAGGGUUUAUCAGCCCGGCGAGCGAGUUCCUGGUACUGGCGGAUAUACCAUACCGUUAGGAUUUACAGGGAGCGUUAAAUCAGUGGCAUCUAAAGACAAAACAUAUGUCGUGGGUUCUCGGGAUUCCCCAUCUCAAGCACAAACCGUAACAUUAACCCCAGGCACAGGUAAAGUAAGGUAUAUGUAUCCCCCGGCAUAUAGUAAACACGUUAUGCCUAAGAACCUAAGAUCGCUACAUAGCCCGAGGGACGAUAAUAGAUAUGUAUCCGUUUCCAAAUCUGUAACUAGAGAUCUGGAUACUGAAAAUAAUAUUCGCAAACAAUAUUCCCACACUUAUUACACAAAAUCAUCAUCCUGUGGAUAUUUUACAUUUACUUGCACGAUGGUGAGCAGCGCCGAAGGACGGAAAAAGGUUUGUAAACCAAAAAUGCCUACAAACCCUGACGGAACACCAAUAAGGUGUUGACGUAAAUUCUACAAAAAAGACUCUAGUAUUUAAAUAAAUUUAAUUAUAUUUUAAGAAAUCUUUAAUCUAUUAAGAUAAUACUUUAUAAUAAUUAGUUUUUAUUACACAUUGUCUAAAAUUCAUAUUUUAUAAUCUACAAUAAGACUGUGACAAUUAAUAAUAUAUUUUUUUUAAAGAACGAAAACAAUUUUACUUAAUAACUUUACAUUUUAUCAAAUUGGCGCUGUAAUUGAGAGCGAAAAAUAUACAGAUUUUUGUCAACGAGUCUUGGAAUCAAAAACUUCCUAACUGUAACUAUACGUAACACAUCCAUUGACUUUCUCCAGCUAAUAAUUUUUAAUAGUGUAAAUAAAACUAUAAUAUAAUUAAGUACCGAACACUACUUAAAACUUAUUUUUCAACCGAAUUUAUAUAAAUUAGCAAUUUUGUAUAAUAAA